UGGUAAGUUCGACAUUUAACAAAUCUUUGCUAGCAUUUCAAUGUUAAAUGUGUUUACGUCGUGAACGGUUGUGUGUCGAAUAACCAGCGAAGAAAAGAAAAUUUUUAAAUUUUCCUCUAAGAAAAAAAUAAGCAAACGAGUUCAGCUCUGCAAAAAAUAUAUAUUUUAAUUCAUUAAAUUAAAGAAUCUCAAAAACUACCAACAAAACCAAAAUGUUCAGCUCAUUCACAGGCAAAUCUAACUCCUCUCUCAAAAGCUUGGGCGACAAAACCGCCAACCUCUUCUCCAAGAAGAAGGAAGAGGUCGAGAAAUUGGCCAAUGAAAAAGUGAACGAUGUCAAGGAAGCAGCCGAAGAUCAGGCCAAGAAAGUCGGUGAAUCGAUACAGAAGACCAAGAGCGAAACCGAGAAAUUGGCCGCUGAUGCUGCCAAGGAAGCUGCUGACUUAGCUGCCGAAGAAGCCAAGAAGGCUGAACAGGCCGUCGCUGACGGAGUGGGCAAGGCCAGUGCUGCCGUUGACAACACCAAGAACGUCAUCAACAACACCACCCAACAGGUCAACAAUGUGGCCGCCAAUACCAAACAAAUUGCUGGCAAUGUUGCUGAGGCUUCGAAACAGGCUGCUGCCAAUGCCGUUGACCAAACCAAAAAAGCCGCCAACGAUGCCAUCAACAAAUCCGUCAAGGCUGCCGAACAGGUGAUCGAAGAUAAAAUGAAACAGGCCGAACAUCAGGUCGAUGAAACCGUCAAAGUUGCCAGCCAAGCUGUUGACCACAAAAUUGCCGAAGCCAAUCAGUAUGUCGAUCAGAAGCGAGUGGAUUUGGAAAAGACUUUGCACGAUACAGCUCAGACAGGUCAUGAUAUGGCUGCUCAGCAGGCUGCCGGUUUGAUGGGCAAAUUGAAUUUGGCCAAAUAAAUUCUUAGGGCAAUCAGUAACUAGAUAACAAUGAAACUAACCAACAACAACAACAACAAGAAAAAAAAAGUCAAAACAGCAACAACAACAAGAAACAGAUUAACAGCUUCUUUAAUUAGAAACCAAUAAAAAAACGAAAGAAAAGAGAAAAAACAACAGAAAACAAAUUUAAAUGUGCCGUGCCAGUUUUUGUGA